AUGGCGUUACACGCACGCAAUGACUUUGCACAAUUACCAAAAAUUAAAUUACCAACUUUCAACGGAGACUAUCAGUCCUGGCCUUCAUUCCAUGAUAUAUAUGUAUCAUUGGUGCACAACAAUGAAGCAUUGAGUGAUGUUGAAAGGUUGCAUUACUUGAAGUCAAGUGUCACCGCUGAAGCUGAAUCACUAUUAACACACAUACAAAUUACCAAUGAUAACUAUGGACAUUCUGCAUCAAGAUGUACAUUACCCGUCUCAUGUAGAAUCUGCAAACGUCGACAUCAUUCUCUUCUACACAACAACAAGGAACAGGAGACUGCGGCUUCAACAAGCUACUCACCACAACCGCAGGCUUCACAACACAAACUAGAGGAUGAACAACCGGUACAAGUAGACACUACUAUUGCAUCUCAUCUCACAACUAGUCAAGGAACUGCGCUUCUGGCCACUGCAUUGGUAGAAGCACAAGGGCUUGGUCAAAUCAUACCGCUGCGAGUACUCAUUGAUCAAGGCUCUCAAGCAACAUUUAUUACUGAAAAAGCAACUCAAUUAUUGAAGCUACAAAGAACACAUAUGAAGGGAAGCGUCAUAGGUGUGGGAUCAUCAAGAACAGAAAUUAAACAUGUGGUGCAGUUAUUAAUAAAAUCACGCUGGGAUAACAACUUUAGUUUACCGAUACAAGCCUAUGUGAUGCCUAAGCAACUGACCACAAUGAUACCUGCAAAAACAAUCAACACUCAACCGUGGCCACAUCUCAAGGGCCUCAACCUGGCUGAUCCUAACUACUUCACGCCAGGGUCAAUUGACCUGUUACUCGGGGUCAAAGAGUAUGCACAAAUACUACAACAAGAAUUCAUCAAGGGUCCAACAGGCACACCAUGUGCACAGAAAACAAGCCUUGGUUGGAUACUUUUUGGAGAGAUUCAAACAAAUCCACAAGAUACUUACCUCGUAAUGCAUCAUCAUGUUGACAUUGAAGAUAUUCUGAAAACAAUGUGGGAAGUAGAAGUGGACAUCAAAAGAUCAUUAACUAAAGAAGAAGAACUCUAUGAAGCCGAAGACCUGCAAGAAUAUCGCCUUCUUAGAGUAACGUUCGGAACAGCCUCUGCACCAUAUCUGGCUGUCAAAACUUUACAAGUUGCUCAUGAUGAAGAAAAACAUAAUCCACUUGCUUCACAAACAAUUAUAGAAGAUUUCUACAUGGAUGAUCUUCUCUCAGGUGCUGAUACACUAGAAGAAGCAAUAACUUUAGCUCAUGAAAUUACAACUAUUCUAGAAAAGGGAGGCUUCCAACUAAGAAAAUGGUCAUCCAACAACAUUCAAUUCUUACAGUCCAUUGAAGAAAACAAAAGAUCUGCAAAUGUUAAAAUUGAUAUGAAUUUAGACGGCACAAUAAAAGCAUUAGGUAUAACAUGGAAUCUAAACGCAGACAGCUUUGAAUAUUCACUAAGCCUAUCACAAAUCGGAAAGUCUAUUACAAAACGAAGCAUCUUAUCAGACAUACAAAAACUUUUCGAUCCGCUUGGCUGGAUUGCACCAAGUAUUGUUUUGGCAAAAAUGUUAAUGCAAAAACUAUGGCUACAGAAACUAACAUGGGAUGAAACAGUCAGUGAAGAACUAGAACAAGAGUGGCGACAAUUAAGAUUUGAUUUUGACACAGUCCAAAAUAUUAAAGUGAAAAGAUGGAUUGGAACAACUACUACUAACAAAGAUAAAAUACAAUUACACGGAUUCAGCGAUGCUUCAACACAUGCAUAUGCUGCAGUAGUUUACAUUAGAACUGAAACAAAUGGCAGAAUAGAAACAAACUUAAUUGCUGCAAGGACACGAGUAGCACCACUCAAAACAAUUUCCUUACCUCGCUUAGAACUUUGUGGAGCCUUGCUACUAUCCAAACUUAUGAAGCAAAUUGGUGAAGCACUAAGAAUACCUACCUCACAGAUGUAUGCAUGGACAGACUCGUCAAUUGUCAUUUCUUGGCUUUCUGGAGAUCCCAACCGCUGGAAACCUUUUGUAGCAAAUCGUGUAAUAGAAAUCAUAGAGAAUAUCAACCACAACCACUGGAACCAUGUACAAUCACAAGACAAUCCCGCAGAUCCAGCUUCUCGAGGAAUGCUGCUGUCAGCUCUGAAGACAUGCGAUUUGUGGUGGAAUGGUCCAAAUUGGUUAUCUGAAAAAGAUAUUAAAAUUAUUAAACAAGAUAUAGAAUCAACACAAUUAGAAAUGAAAAAUAAAUUAAUGGAUAAAAACAAACCUGAAAUUACUUACCUGAUUACCGAUGAACCUGUAAAAGAAGAAACAACAUUAAUAUCACAAUUAGAAAAUUUUGAUAACUUAAGUGAAUUACUCAAUACAAUUGUAUAUUGCAAAAGAUUUUUAAAUUUAAAAAAACAUAUUAAAGCAAACGCAAAAGAAAUCACAGUAAAAGAGAUAGAAGAAGCAUUAAAAUUUUGUAUUAGAAAAGCACAAGAAGAAGAAUUUCACGCAGAUAUUAGUAAGCUAAAGAAUAAAAAGCAAGUAAGCAAGAAAAGUAAAUUAAAGUCACUUAGCCCUUUCUUAGACGAAGAAAAUAUUCUCAGGGUGGGCGGUCGUCUCAGACACGCAGACCUAGAUCAAAACAGAAAGCAUCCUUUAAUUAUUGGAAACACAAACUUUCUUGUUCAAUAUUUAAUAGCAGAUGCACAUGCCAAAACGCUGCAUGGCGGCGCACAAUUAAUGUUGUGCUAUUUACGUUCAAAAUACUGGAUAUUAAGAGUAAAAUCACAAGUUAAACAACACGUACACCGUUGUCUAAUAUGUGCAAGAAUAAAAGCAAUAUCAAGAACGCAAUUAAUGGGAGACUUACCUAAGCAAAGAGUGCUGCCAUCCAGACCUUUUCUGAACACAGGAGUCGAUUUUGCCGGUCCAUUUCAAACGCUGAUGUGCAAGGGUCGAGGAAACAGAACGACGAAAACUUACAUAGCAAUUUUCAUAUGCACAGCUACCAAAGCUAUCCACAUCGAAUUAGUGGGCGAUCUCACUUCCGAAGCCUUCAUAGGUGCUUUUCGACGUUUCGUCUCACGAAGAGGCAAAUGCAGUCAUUUAUGGAGCGACCAAGGAAGAAACUUCGUUGGUGCAGAUAAGCAACUGGCCGAUGCCUGGAACGAGGCUAAACUACAAUUUUCUGGUCAUAUCGCACAACAACUAGCCACAGAAGGCACUCUAUGGCAUUUUAUUCCAGCUCACAGCCCUCACUUUGGCGGAUUGUGGGAGGCUGGUGUCAAGUCUAUAAAAUAUCAUUUAAAAAGAAUAAUUUCAACUCACCUUACGUACGAAGAAAUGACAACAGUUUUAUGCCAAGUAGAAGCUUGCUUAAAUUCACGCCCAUUAUGUCCAAUAGAUGACAAUGAUCCAGAUAACCUCACUCCUCUUACCCCUGGUCAUUUUUUAAUAGGUGAAGCUCCAAUCGUCGUGCCUUCACCAGACCUCAAGGACGUCAAAAUUUCACCCUUAGCUCGUUGGCAACACACACAGAAGUUAGUACAAGAUAUUUGGCGGCGCUGGCAAAAUGAAUAUCUGUCAAGACUACAACAACGCCCCAAAAUGGCUGAAGCUAGAGAAAGAAUUCAAGAUUGGAGACAUUGUACUAAUUAA